UACAGUGCUUUCUUACACAGAGUGAAAUGAUUUAAAAUUCAAAAUUUAAUCAUAAGGAUUUAUAUUAAAAAAAAUAUACACAUUCUCUAUGUGAAAAGCGAUAACAUGUUUACAACGAUGUGAGAUAACACUGAAAAGUAAUCAGUGAUACGAAAAUCGAGUCGUUGGGGAGCAAGAUGAUGGCCGACCCACGAGAUCGGUUGUUUAUUUCGUCUUUGGUUUAUCGUUGCUUACUUAAGUCAAGAGUCAGAAUAGUUUCAACUUUGUCGUGUGGUAUAUGAUGCGACGAACGGAUCGAACGGUGAGCAUGAGCCAACAAAAGUCCAGGAGAGACUCGGACCUCGUGCUGUCGCAUUUCGGUCACCUCAAGGAACACCUUUUCAAGUUUCUCGUCAUUGGCGAUUAUGGUGUCGGCAAAACUGCGCUAGUCAGAAGAUACACGGAAGGAAAAUUUUCCUCGAAUUACAAGAUUACCAUAGGCGCCGAUUUUGCGAUAAAAACGCUCGAUUGGGAUCCGCACACUAAAAUAAACUUGCAACUAUGGGACAUUGCUGGUCACGAGAGAUUUGGAUACAUGACGAGGGUCUAUUAUAAAUACGCAGUGGCCGCAGCUCUCGUAUUUGACAUUUCACGCGCGGCGACCUUUCAAUCGAUGAAAAAGUGGCUGUGCGAUCUUAGGGAAAAGAUCACGUUGCCCAAUGGCUCGGAUAUACCGAUCAUUCUUUUAGCGAAUAAAUGCGAUAUAUCAGUCGCCGUUACCGACGAGCAGAUCUCCAAAUUCUGCAAGGAGAACAAAAUAAAUGCCUGGUAUGCGACUUCUGCAAAGAACAAUACCAAUGUCGAUACAGCGAUGCGCUAUUUAGUGGAGAAAGUGUUGAACGCAAAAAUCGACAAUGGUGUACACGACUCGAUUAAAUUGCAGCGUGGGAACUUAUUGAAACACCAAAAUCUUGGUUGCUGUAUAUAAAGCGAGAUGGACUAUUUUAAGAUUUAUUUUAAUAUCAUUUAUAGCUACAUAUUAUUUUAUUUUUG